AUCCUGAAUCCACCCUUUCAGCUUAAUCGGAGUCGGAGAAGGCCAAGCGAGAAUUGCAGUCUAAGUGAAAAGGGCAGUAGGGACAGCUUUCGUCAGUUUGAAUGCAAAUGCUUUGGGCAAUCCUUGCUCUUCAAAUAAUACUUCACUGAUCUACUCUAAAAUCUAAAGAGGGAUUUACAUUUAUUGGUCAACAAUAAUCUAACGGGGAUGCUAGGGCUGUACUCAACAAGGUUGCUUCUUUUUGGAGAUUCAUUACCUUUCCACAGAUUAUCAGGUUGUAGGAAGGCGUGGUGCCAAACAAAUUUACGUUUUCUCAGUUGGGUUGGUUGUGAUGAUGGCCCUCUAACUCUUGCUAGCCUCGGUUUCAAGAGUGAGUUUGACAAAACAAAAAAGGACAGGGCAAGUAAUCUUGAGACGCUGAGUGCCUCAAAAAGUAAAGUGAAGGUAGUUGGAAGCAGUGAAACCAAGGGCAUUGGGGCAAAAAAGUUGGUUGAAAUAGAGUCAGCACCGUUUGCUGCAAAAUCAUUUUCUGAGCUUGAUCUUCCAUCUCUACUGUUGGGGAGGUUAGAAAGUGAAGGCUUCACAGUCCCAACUGAUGUGCAAUCUGCAGCAGUUCCCACAAUUCUCAAGGGCCAUGAUGUUGUGAUUCAGUCUUAUACAGGAUCAGGGAAAACAUUGGCAUAUCUUCUCCCCAUACUUUCUGAAGUAGGCCCACUGAGAAACAAGUAUCCUGAUGGUGAGGGUGAUUCUGGGAAGAAAAGAGAGAUUGAAGCAGUUAUUGUGGCUCCCUCUAGGGAGCUUGGAAUGCAAAUUGUUAGGGAGGUUGAGAAGCUCCUGGGGACUACAGACAAGAAAGCAGUUCAGCAACUUGUAGGGGGUGCAAACAAAAUGAGGCAGGAAGAAGCUUUAAAGAAAAACAAGCCCGCAAUUGUUGUUGGCACCCCUGGCAGGAUUGCAGAGAUCAGUGCAGCUGGAAAGCUUCACACCCAUGGUUGUCGAUUCCUGGUUUUAGAUGAAGUUGAUGAGCUUCUUUCAUUUAACUUCCGGGAGGACAUGCACAGGAUAUUGGAGCACGUGGGAAGGAGAUCAGGUGCAGAUCCACGUGGGACUAAGAGCCCACUUGCCAGGCGGGCUGAGCGUCAAACUAUUUUGGUCUCAGCAACAGUUCCAUUUUCAGUUAUAAGGGCAGCUAGAAGCUGGGGGCGUGACCCACUUCUUGUUCAAGCCAACAAGGUCCUGCCACUUGAAUCCCUUCCUACCACUGGACAUGUCAAACUGUUGGGGCCUGCAUCCAGUUCAAGCUCAAAUUCUAGUAUGCAGGUUCAGUCUACAGCACAAAGCCUGCCUCCAUCCUUGAAACACUACUAUUGUGUCACCAAAUUACAACACAAGGUUGACACAUUGAGAAGAAGUAUCCACGCACUUGAUGCUAAGUCAGUGAUAGCUUUCAUGAAUCACACAAAACAGCUGAAAGAUGCUGUCUUCAAGCUAGAGGCUCGUGGUAUGAAAGCUGCUGAGCUGCAUGGUGAUCUUGGCAAGCUUGCCAGGUCGACAGUUUUGAAAAAAUUCAAGAAUGGGGAAGUGAGAGUUCUGGUAACCAACGAACUGUCAGCAAGGGGUUUGGAUGUGGCAGAAUGUGAUCUGGUGGUGAAUCUGGACUUACCCACUGACUCAAUUCAUUAUGCUCAUCGUGCUGGCCGAACAGGUAGGCUUGGGAGGAAGGGGACUGUGGUAACCAUAUGUGAGGAGCCAGAAGUGUUUGUUGUGAAGAAGCUGCAGAAGCAACUUGGGUUCCCCAUUCAAGCUUGUGAGUUUACAGAGGGUAAACUUGUUGUCAAUGAGGAAGAGAGGCAUUUAGAGAAUGUAAGCUGAUUAUAGAAACAACCAAGAACAUUUUCAUAGCUUUCUACUUUUCUUGGGUUGGGAGAUGCAUAAAAGGUUUGUUUAGGGACUAGAUGAUUUCUGUAUCGACUUCCCCUUGGAACUUGCACUUUUCUUCCUUGGAAGCUUAGUAUAUGUUAAUUCCCAUAUUGAGUUUGAUGGUUUUUUUUUUUCUAAGUGCUGGAACUUGAUGGGUU